UUUGACUCAAAGUUCAUACUCCGCCACUACUCUCUCUCGCACCUCGUUGAACAAAUCUAUCCCCCAUCCCUCUCUCUCUCACUUCCCUCUCUCUACUCCACAUACGUGAAGAAGAAGAAGAAGGAAGCGGCAGAGGAGAGAGUGUACGUAGUAGCAUCUGCCAAUGGAGGCGGCCUCGCAGCUCUUCUGCUGCGGAAUCGAGCCCCUCCGCGGCAACUCCCCCGCCCCUCGCUUCCUCCUGCCAACGACAGGUCGGUCCCUUCACCGGAGACGAGCGAUACCAGUUCUCGCUGUGGCCACCGAUCCCAAACCGCCCUCUAAAACCCUCGACGGAUCCUCCGCAUCUCCUCCACUCAAGCCCGUCAACGGCGUCUCCACGAGGAUUGGAGAUGUUUCGCAGGAGAUCAAGAGGGUCAGGGCCCAAAUGGAAGAGAAUGAGCAAUUGGCAACACUGAUGCGGGGUUUGCGGGGCCAAAAUUUGAGGGAUGUACAGUUUGCUGAUGAUAGUGUUCAACUUCGCCUCGUUGAGGUUGAUGAGAGCAGCGAGUUUCUGCCUCUGGUUUAUGAUCCUGCUAGUAUCUCUGCAUAUUGGGGAAAACGGCCACGUGCUGUUGCAACACGCAUUGUACAGUUAUUAUCUGUUGCAGGAGGGUUUCUCUCUCGAAUUGCUUUGGAUAUAAUAAACAAGAAGGUCAAAGAGAAUGAAGUUGCCAGAGCGAUAGAGUUGAGGGAAAUUGUAACUUCCUUGGGUCCAGCCUACAUUAAACUUGGACAAGCACUUAGUAUUCGACCUGAUAUACUCUCACCUGUUGCGAUGACAGAGCUGCAGAAACUUUGCGAUAAGGUUCCUUCAUUUCCGGAUGAUGUUGCUAUGGCACUUAUAAAGGAGGAGCUUGGUCAACCGUGGCAAGAAAUCUACUCUGAGCUCUCCUCAUCUCCAAUUGCUGCUGCAUCUCUUGGACAGGUGUACAAGGGUAGGCUUAAAGAAAAUGGGGAUCUGGUAGCUGUUAAAGUGCAAAGGCCCUUUGUUCUUGAGACCGUGACAAUUGAUUUAUUUAUUAUCCGAAAUUUGGGUCUCGUCCUAAGGAAAUUUCCUCAGAUCUCUAUCGAUGUGGUUGGGUUAGUUGAUGAAUGGGCUGCUCGCUUCUUUGAGGAGUUGGAUUAUGUGAACGAGGGAGAGAAUGGAACACUCUUUGCUGAAAUGAUGAGGAAGGACCUUCCUCAGGUAGUUGUUCCUAACACGUACCAUAAAUACACGUCAAGGAAGGUCCUUACCACAGGAUGGAUUGAAGGAGAAAAGCUGUCACAGAGUACAGAAAGUGAUGUUGGAGAGCUGGUUAAUGUCGGAGUCAUAUGUUAUCUGAAGCAGUUGCUGGACACUGGAUUUUUCCAUGCCGACCCACAUCCUGGAAAUUUAAUUCGCACUCCAGAUGGGAAGCUGGCAAUACUUGAUUUUGGUCUUGUGACAAGAUUAACCGAUGAUCAAAAGUAUGGAAUGAUUGAAGCAAUUGCCCAUCUUAUUCAUCGGGAUUAUGAAGCAAUUGUGAAAGACUUUGUCAAACUUGAUUUCAUCCCUGAAGGGGUUAAUUUAGAACCGAUCCUGCCUGUUCUUGCUAAAGUUUUUGAUCAAGCACUUGAAGGUGGUGGAGCGAAAAAUAUAAACUUCCAGGAGCUGGCUUCAGAUCUGGCACAAAUCACUUUUGACUAUCCAUUCAGAAUACCUCCAUAUUUUGCUCUUAUCAUUAGAGCUAUAGGGGUGCUGGAAGGCAUAGCUUUAGUUGGAAAUCCUGAUUUUGCUAUCGUUGAUGAAGCUUAUCCCUACAUUGCCCAGAGGCUCCUGACUGAUGAGUCUCCUCGCCUAAGGAGUGCAUUGCGUUACACCAUAUAUGGAAAGUCUGGAGUUUUUGAUGCUGAAAGGUUCAUUGAUGUCAUGCAAGCUUUUGAGAAUUUUAUAACUGCUGCAAAGAGUGGUGGGGGUGAGGGUAUGAAUGGGGACAUGGCUGAACUAGGCAUUAUAAAAAGCCAAACAAGCUCUGUUAUUCCUUGGCUUCCACAAGCUCCAUCCCAACCAGGCCAGCAAGUCCAAACAAGGGCAGCUUUGGCAUUUCUACUCUCUGAUCAAGGCAAUUUUUUCCGAGAGUUCCUUUUGGAUGAGAUUGUGAAGGGCAUUGAUGCCGUCACUAGAGAACAGUUGGUACAAGUGAUGGUGAUUCUUGGGGUGGGAAAUGCUGCUCCGGUCUUCAGCAUGGUUCCUUCCUUUGGACCCAUCAAACUUGCUGCACUUCUUCCCACUAUAACUGAGGAGGACAGGGUUAUACUAAACAAUGUCCAGAAAGUUGUUGAGUUCUUGACUGCUGGAAGCUCGAUAUCAAGGGCAUCCAAUCAGGGCGCAGAUGUUACUCAAAUUGUUCAAGAGCUGCUUCCUGUGUUGCCGGGCAUCUCUGCUAAAGUCUUACCCGAGGUGCUGAGUCGACUAACUUCCCGAGUAGUGGCUCGCUUAAUACGAGAUUCAUUUAUGUGAUCACUGACUCUCAAUAAUUUGUUUAUAACUGCCAAUAAAAUUAGCUGAUCUGUAUAGAUUGUAUACGAAUACAAUACAAGUACUACAGUUAUACCAGGUCUAUGUACCUGUAGAUAUAUGUAGACAGCAGCAGCCACACUGCCCGUGACUAAAGUGAAUUAGAUGGGAGACCUCCGUGUUGCUUGGAUCAUUACUUUGGAAUUUGAAGAUUGUUUAUUGAAACCUUCAAAUGUAGGACCUCAGCAUGAAUAAUAUUUUGAAAAGCAUCUUCGAUUCUCA